GAACGUGAGAUUCGGGUUUCAAGAACUAUAACUUAUUAUCUCUUUCGCCAGGUGGUUCAUACUAAUCAAAUCCUCGAGCCCAACACGAGUUUGCCUCGAGUUGUUUAAAAAUAUGGUGUUUUCAAUACCACGGGUUGGCGUCUGAAUGAUGGGCGCAAGAAACGUGGUCUCCUGCAAGUCUGCGUCUAUCUUUAUAAGAGCUGCCGCAUCAUUCAGUGUCGGUAAAACGCUUCAAUUGAGCACUAUCAGGAGCAUCCCUCUUCAAUGGCUUCAGAGACUAAGCCGUAUGGCAUGACUUCGAGUUCCCAUUCGGGUACCACCGUACCACCAGCUCCUGACAGGAAUAAGACUAUUGUACUUUUUGGGGAGACGGGGGCAGGCAAAAGCUCCCUCGUGAACCUCAUGGCGGGAGAGGAAGUAGCACGCACAUCUCCUGACAUGGAACGCUGUACGUUGCAGUGGAGAGACUAUGCUAUCGGCUUCGACGGUGGCUCGUAUACGGUUUUCGAUACCAGGGGGCUCGAAGAACCUCAGCUGGGAACUAAAGAGUAUCUCGAAUCUGUCGACAAUGCCUAUAGGCUCAUCAAGGAACUGGAUGGACGAGGCGGCAUUGAUCUGCUUCUAUUCUGCGUCCGCGCCAGCAAAGUCACUGCUACGCUUCAAAGCAAUUAUCGGCUUUUUCACGAAUUCCUCUGCGAGAAAAAGGUUCCAAUUGUUCUUGCAAUCACGCACCUCGAAAAAGAGCAGAGGAUGGAGGACUGGUGGGAGGGGCACCGUAGCGCUUUCGAAAAAUAUCAUAUCCGGGUCGCUGGUCAUGCGUGCCUCACCACCGCCAAUGGAUUGGAAGGCAGGCACAAAGAACUUUAUGAAGAAUCGCGCGUCACGAUUCGCAGCCUUGUCAAGAAUUUUACGGCCGACGGGCAGAAGCAGGCAUGGAUGGGAGGGGACAACCUGUUUGUGUCGUUGAUGCGCAAGCUGAAGGGGUUGCUUAUACGGAGUUCGAUUGUGGGAAGGAAGGAUCUUGUCCCUCGUCUCACGGAGCGUUGUGGCAUAUCUCCAGACGUUGCAGAACAGGUGGCUAAUAUGAUCAAGCAAAACUAGCUUGACCUCCCAAAGAACUUAUACCUUAUCCGAUUAUAACUGUCGUUGCAGUUAUCAACUUAAAGAUAUCCGAGCAUGAAUCGGUUUCCUUCGUGUUUGCCACAAAAUUGUUACAACAUCGUGGCCGGCGGAACCCCCGAAUACGUAACACUUUCCCUCUUUAGUGGAUGUA